AUGACACCCAAGUCCAAGCGAGUAACUGCUGAGCAUACAAGAGAUCGCGUUCGUAAUAACCAACGUCGUCAUCGUGCGCGAAGAAGAGACCACAUCGCCACGUUAGAGGAAAGACUGCACGAGGCAGAACAGACCAUCUCAAAAUUGAGAGUCCAAGUUGACGACCUCGAAGAUGCUUUGCGAGGGAAUAAUAGACGAAUUUCCACCGCAAUAAUAGCAGAACCUGAAGGCUUGGGUAUUCAGGAAGCACCAGCCGUUGUUGAUGGAUACGAUCUACUACUUCCAAGUACCGGCAUUGUUUCAGGGGAUCAUGACUCCGGGGAAAUCAACGUUCUGGGUCGCGAUGACUUACCCCGUAUCAAUAUCGAACCCACUGACUUGGCACUAUCAAUCCUCCAACCUGCCAUGUUUUCUUCAUUAUCUCAGCCGGGGUAUCCCUUUGAAUAUCAGAGCAACCAAAACAACAGCGCUCUGCAACAAAACCGAUUUGCAACUACAACUAAAACAUGCUGCUCAUCUUCAAAUCCGACACAUUUAAAUUUGCUUUCGCCAAUUGGAACUGAACUUAACGCAGAGCUAACGAGACUCUGCUGUGAAGCCUACAUCCUCAUUGCCCAACAUAAUGCUACAAUCGUCAGAGACGAAACAGAUAUACGACAAAACUCGGUUUCAUUACCACAGCUUAUUUCCUGCAAUUUUAAGAUGAGUUGUUGUUUAGUGAAGGCUGAGCUUUUGGGGCCUCAAGUCUCGACAUCAAUCUCAUACAUACACUGCGACUCCUGA